UUCGUGCUUUCCAUUUUCGAAGCUUUUAAAUUUUGAAAAGCGUUUGUUUUGGUUAAUAAUGUUUGUAAAUUGAUAUUAUCGUUUUUUUUUUUGGUCAUUUGUGUUAAAUAAUUGUAUUGUAAGACUUCAAAAUGGAUAUUAAUAAAUUAAAAGUUGCUGAUUUACGUAAAGAGUUACAAGCUCGCGGGCUAGACACCAAAGGAAAUAAGCCCGUCUUGGUGGACCGAUUAAAAGAGGCAAUCGCAAAAGAAGAAGAAGAACCCGAAGAAGAAGAAGACGAGGAAAGUGAAAAUGAAGAGUCAUCAGGAGGGGAGAAUAGUCUAACAUAUGAGACAGCGGAAAGUGCGAAUACAACAGUUCGCGAAGCAACGUCCGCAGCCUCGGAAGAAAGAGCCUUCAGUGUUAUAACGUCGGCUGCUUCUAAACCGCAAAAUAACGUCGCUGACGACACAGAUUCGGAAUCUUUUUCGGCGCCUGCUGCCAACGAAAUAACCGCCUCUGAUUACUCGCUCGCAAAAUCUCAGACUGAAGACAGUAACGCAUCCGAAUCAGAAAAGUCUCAAGAUAGCCUCUCUCAAAAUCAAGCCGCUCAACAAGAACAAGAAACCAUGCCAGAGCAGGACGAUACCUCGCAGCAGGAAGAUUCGCGUGACGAGUCUAAUGACAAAACUGAAACGGUAGAAGAAAACCAGUUCGUUAAAGAAUCGUCACCGGAAGUUCAAGAUGAACCUGAACUGCCUCAAGUUAGUGACAAAGUCGCCGAACAAUCGGAAGUUGAAGAUUCGUGUAAAGAUCCCAGUGAUGCGACGCAAAUCCUCGAUAAUAGCGGCGUACAGAAUGUAAGCAACGAUACUUUACCCUAUGAAAGUAGCAUAGAAGCUAGUUUAGAUACGGCAGGUAUUUCGAAUUCUACUAAAGAAACCCAAGAUUUUGACGAAUCGAUGGACCAAGAUAAAAGUUCACUCAACGAUAUCAGCCAAUCUUCUACUGGUAAUGAUGAAACUUUACCGCGAACUGACGAUGCUGAGAAAAUGGAUACCGACACUACUCAGGAAGACAGUGAAGCUAAAAAAUCUGAGAAUUCUCAGGACGAUGCUUUAUGGAAUUCUGACGAUGAAUCGAGUGCAAAGCCGAAAGAAUCAGCUCCCGAGGCACCUCCUGCCGAAGAAGUGCCAGCCGAGGAACCGAAACGAAGAGUACGAAAGAGCCGAUUCGAUCAACCCGAAGAAAGAAAACGGAAGCAUUCGCCUAGUCCUUCAGGCGAUGACUAUCAAUCUGGUGCGCAUUACGAAGGACCUGCUAAAAUACCCAAACAAGAUGAUGAACCUUCUUACGAUCAAGAUUCUGUUUUAUUGUCUUGGUACGAUUCUGACCUGAAUUUGGUUAUUAAUAAAGAAAAUUUCGUCGGUGCUGUUCCCCUCGCUGAGCAAGGAUUUAUGUACAUGUGGGGAGGUGCUCGUAGCACGUACGGAUUCAAUUCUGGAAAAGUUUACUACGAAGUUAAAUUGUUGGAAAAAUGCCCGGUCACCAUGUACGAUGACUUUGAAAUUUAUUCGUUCCGUUUGGGAUGGUCUGUAGCUUAUUCGUCGCUUCAACUUGGAGAAACUUCUCUAUCGUAUGGAUACGAUUCUAGCGGUAAAAAAUGCACGAAUGAUACGUUCGAAGAAUAUGGACAACCGUUUAAUGCCGAAGACGUCAUCGGAUGUUUACUUGAUUUUGACAGCAAUGAAGAAAAUGUCUUAAUAUCUUACGCGUUUAAUGGCACCAAACAAGAAGUUGCAUUCGAGGUGCCCAAGUCUUCGUUAGAAGAUAAGGCCCUUUUCCCGCACAUUUUGAGUAAAAAUAUCAGUUUCGAGGUGAAUUUCGGAGACCGACUCGAAGCGUGGAAUACCGAUGAAAGUUUCAAAGAAGAUUUCGAGUGGGCAGCCAAAGUUCCGUUAGAACAACGAAUUCAGGGACCUAAAAAACCCGAAGAAAAGACCGAAUGCGAGGUUAUCAUGAUGUGCGGUUUGCCAUGCAGCGGUAAAACGACUUGGGUGAAAAAUCACGUCGAAUCGCAUCCGCAAAAAAUGUACAAUGUUAUCGGAAUCGACUUCGCUUUUAGUAAAAUGAAGGUACUCAGCGAACCUAUUCAAACCUACUUCAAGGACACUGCAGACGUGCUGGUUGAAAAAUGCACUAGAUGCGUUAAUCGCCUUACAGAUUUGGCUUCGGUUCGCUGGAGGAAUUAUAUUUUCGAUCAGCCGAACGUAAUCGCUACGAUCCAAAGAAGAAAAAUGCGUAAUUUCGAAGGUUAUACGCGUAUAGCGAUUGUAAUAAUACCCAACGAAGAAGAAUACGAACGCAUGUUAGAAAAAUGGAACGAUAAUGCAUUUAGAGAAACAUCGAUUUCGCUGUUAGAAUUAAAAGGAGGUUUCAAGUUACCAGAAGAAGGCGAAUUGUUUAACAACGUAUCUUUUGUCGGUUUGAACAAAGAAGAAGCUGAAGAAGUCGUUAAGAAGUACAAUAAAGAAGGACGCGAUUCUAGGCCUCGCGACGAUCGUCCCUAUAACAGAGGGUUCGGUGGUCGCGAUCAUAUGGACAGAAUGCAACCGUAUGGUAGACCGCCGAUGGGAGGAUUUAGACCAAGAUGGGCGGAUAGAGGACCUCCGUCGUCGAUGGGUAGAGGUGGCUGGGCCCCUCGAGGUGGUAUGGAUAGAAUGCCUCCGGGAGGAUAUCGUGAUCGACGUAAUUGGAGAGACAGAAGUCCGGACGAUGAUCGAGAUGGAUACCGCGGCGGCCGAGGCCGAUACGAACCACGCGGAAUGCCGGGCAACCGGUACGGAAACAGCGGUCCGAUGAUGGGUGGCAAUCGUUGGGGUGGCGGCGGUGGCGGACGCGAUCGCGACCGUAUGGCCCCUGGAAUGGGUGGACGCCCUGGUGGCGGCGGACCGAAUCCACUAAUGGGACAGAUGAUGGGUAAGCCUGGAAUGGGCUACGACCGUAAAGGAGGACGUUACGGAAGCGACGACGGUAAACGACGAGACGAUACCAGUGCGGAAGACUACGAUCGUACUCGCGGUAUACCUCCACCGGGCGUGGAACCGGAUAAUAAUGAUGAUUCGUUCGACGACGGCGCCGGUUCCGGAGGCGAAGACGGCGACAGAAAACGUCGCAGUAGAUUCUCAGAUUCCGCCGACCGUAGAGGUGGUCGAGGCGGUGGUGGAUAUCAAGGAAGAGGUGGCAGCGGUGGCCGAGGUGGCAGUAACGGAAGACCUGGACCGUUUCCUCCGGGAAAAGGACCCCGAGGAGGGGGUGGUUAUAAUAGAGGAGGACGCGAAGGCAACUCGGAUUAUUACGGCGGACGUGGAGGCGGGCCUCCUAGACGAGAUAAUAGAGAUAAUAGAAAUCAAAUGGGUCCAGGUCCGCGACAAGGAUCGAGUAGAUUUGAUAAACGCGACAAUGGCGGUAAAAAUGACGGUAAUUCGCAAGUGAGCCAAUCUGGUUGGGGCAUGUAUGGUCAAGGUGGUUGGAAUCAAGCAGCUGCCGCCAACUAUCAAAAUUGGGCUCAAUAUCAAGGAUACACCGCUCAGCAAGCUCAACAAAUGCAGCAGUAUUGGUCGCAAAUGCAACAGCAACAAAACCAAGCCGGCGGACAGAAUCCACAAUCGCAGCAAUCAUCGGGCGGCGCGCAGCAAAAUGCGAAGAAUUCAAAUUCCGGCAAUUCUUCGAACACACCUGCAACCGCAGCUAGCGCUAGUCAAUCAGCUAGUAAUUCGUCGACGCAACAAUCAUCGGGCGCAUCUGGCGGAUAUAAUACGCAAGGAUACAAUACCGCAGGAUACGGAACACAGGGUUAUGACGCGAACGCUUACGCGCAAUAUUGUGCCCAAUAUUAUAGCCAAUUAGCGCAACAAGGCUGGACACAGCAGAAUGCAUGGGCGGCUUAUGGUUAUAAUUACGGCGCAAUGGCUGCCUCGACCGGUGGAGUUGGUGGUUUACCGUCGACUUCUGUUCCGCCACCAUCGGUGACCGGAGGUGCCAGCGGAUCAUCGACUGGCGGUUCAGGUAAUCAGUCAUCGGCGGUAACAUCGGCUUCUAAUAAAUGAAAACUGAAGUCUUCAUUCCAACCUUGUUUUUUCUUUCUCUUUGUAACUGUUUCUCCUCGUAUUGUUUGUACUUAGUCGUACUAAAAGCCUGUGUUUUAGAAUCGGUUUAUAUUGUAGCCUUGUUUUCAUUUCGUUUUAUAUUUUCUAGACGUAUGAAUAUGUUUUAGAAUAUCACUUUUGUUUCAUUGUACAAAUUACUAUAUUUGAAUUGAAUGAAAUUUCGAACCUCUUUUUUUUUUGUUUAAUCAAUGUAUUAUAUUAAUUUAUUUAAGGAGUACUUAUUUCUCGCUUGUAUGUUCGUACAAAAAUUAUUGUGUUGAUUGAUAUUGAACAUUUAUCAGCGAAGUGAAGUGAAAUAUUUGUCAAGUUGUUACAUCGUAAUUCUUUAUAUAAAAAAACAUUGUAUUAUAAAAUUUAUGAUAAACGAGUUCAUCUCCUUCAUUUACA